AGGCCCACUUCGCACGCCCCACAGGCCUCGACAUCCACUGCGUCCCCUCCUCCCCCGUCGCAUUCUGCAGCGCCAGCUCGCUCCUCGCCCCGCCCCCUUCUCUCAGCGGCGACGCCUCGGGCGUUCCUACCCUGCCCCCUCUCCGGACCCCCACGCCGUCGGCGAAGCAGCCGGGCAAGAGCCCGAUCCAGACCCCGCGAGCAAUCCUUGAUAUACCUGAUGGCUAUGAUUGAUGAGCCUCUGUACCCAAUUGCUGUACUGAUUGAUGAGCUUAAGAAUGAGGACAUCCAGUUGCGUCUAAACUCCAUUAGAAGACUUUCGACAAUUGCACGGGCUCUUGGAGAAGAAAGAACCAGGAAGGAGCUGAUUCCCUUUCUUAGUGAAAACAAUGACGAUGAAGAUGAGGUGCUUCUUGCAAUGGCUGAGGAAUUGGGUGUGUUCAUUCCUUAUGUUGGGGGUGUAGAACAUGCUCAUGUUUUGCUUCCCCCUUUGGAAACAUUGUGUACAGUAGAAGAAACUUGUGUCCGUGAUAAGGCAGUUGAAUCUCUGUGCCGUAUUGGUGCACAAAUGAAGGAAACUGACAUAGUCGACUGGUUCAUUCCAGUAGUAAAGAGGCUAGCAGCUGGUGAGUGGUUUACAGCUCGUGUAUCAUCCUGUGGUCUUUUCCACAUAGCCUAUCCAAGUGCAUUGGACCAAUUGAAAACAGAAUUAAGGACUAUCUAUGGUCAGUUAUGUCAGGAUGACAUGCCUAUGGUCAGAAGAGCUGCUGCAUCAAAUCUUGGAAAGUUUGCAGCCACAGUUGAACAGAAUCAUUUGAAGACAGAAAUAAUGUCAAUAUUUGAUGACUUAACCCAAGAUGAUCAAGAUUCAGUGCGUUUGUUGGCUGUUGAAGGUUGUGCUGCUCUUGGUAAAUUGUUGGAGCCACAAGAUUGUGUAGCUCACAUUCUUCCAGUCAUUGUCAAUUUCUCCCAGGAUAAAUCAUGGCGUGUUCGUUAUAUGGUCGCCAAUCAGUUAUAUGAGCUCUGUGAGGCUGUUGGCCCUGAGCCCACAAGAGCUGAUUUGGUGCCUGCAUAUGUUCGUCUCCUUCGCGAUAAUGAGGCUGAAGUGCGAAUAGCGGCUGCUGGAAAAGUAACUAAGUUCUGCCGCAUAUUAAAUCCACAGCUUUCAAUCCAACAUAUUCUUCCGUGCGUUAAGGAAUUGUCAUCAGAUUCAUCCCAGCAUGUUCGUUCAGCUUUAGCCUCAGUCAUUAUGGGAAUGGCUCCUGUACUGGGAAAGGAUGCUACCAUGGAACAGCUUCUUCCAAUUUUUCUCUCUUUGCUGAAGGAUGAAUUUCCAGAUGUUCGGCUUAACAUAAUCAGCAAGCUUGAUCAGGUUAAUCAGGUUAUUGGCAUUGACUUUUUAUCCCAAACACUGCUACCAGCCAUUGUAGAACUUGCAGAGGAUAGGCACUGGAGAGUCCGGCUUGCAAUAAUUGAGUACAUCCCAUUGCUGGCGAGUCAGUUAGGUGUUGGGUUUUUUGAUGACAAGCUGGGGGCACUCUGCAUGCAAUGGUUGGAAGAUAAGGUCUUCUCAAUCAGAGAUGCUGCCGCCAACAACUUGAAGCGCCUUGCGGAAGAGUUCGGUCCAGAGUGGGCAAUGCAGCAUAUAAUUCCUCAGGUGCUGGAGAAGAUCAACAAUCCGCACUAUUUGUACCGCAUGACGAUUCUGCAGGCUAUCUCCUUGCUAGCUCCCGUCAUGGGUGCAGAGAUCACUUGUCAAAAGCUGCUUCCAGUCGUCAUUAAUUCUUCAAAGGACAGGGUUCCUAACAUCAAGUUCAACGUUGCAAAAGUACUAAAGUCACUUGUACCGAUCCUCGAUCAAUCUGUGAGUUCAUCCGGUUAUUUUGCAAGUUGUUACCGUUUUGAAAAGCGCUGCGUUUGUAUUUCCGCGUUAUUGGGGAAUAUCGUGAAUGCUUACUUCGCAGGUCGUGGAGAAGACCGUGAAACCAUGCCUUGUUGAGCUCAGCGAGGACCCUGACGUCGAUGUGAGGUACUACGCGAACCAGGCGCUGCAGGCGUGCGAUCAAAUGAUGGUGUCGAGCUAACUAGCCGUGUGCCCGAGUACUUAGAGUUCGAUGCCUCAUAGUCCAAUUUUGGAUUACCUGUAAUUUGUUGGGCCUUUUAGAUUGAAGAGUUUUCCGUCUAGCCUCGGUGGACAGAUCGACGCUGCCCAUGCUGAUAAAUGGACGGUCCUGAUCCAUUGUUCGUUGUGUUAUUAAUGUUGUAUAAUUGAGCAGGACACAACACGUACGUUACUCUCUGUGUCUGUGUGUGUUUGCAUGGCAUUGUCUCGCAGGUAGUUGA